AUGAGAGUUGUUAUUGUGGGCGCAGGUCUGGGUGGUCUAGCCUGUGCCAUCGCCUGUCGUCGUGAGGGCAUUGACGUGGUUGUUCUUGAAAGGUCGCCUGAAGUUCGAGAGGUUGGGGCGGGCAUUCAGAUUCCUCCCAAUGGCGGCCGCAUCAUGCGAGAUCUGGGAGUCUUGCCCCAGCUGCUUGACCAAGGGUCUCAAGUCCAACAGGUGGACUUUCGACGAUAUAAAGAUGGUCAUCUUUUGCGUUCAAUGCCAUUUGGCGACGAUAUCACGCGAGAGUAUGACGCUCCAUGGAUAGCUGAUUAUUAUCGAGUUCUUCUCGAUGAAGCAAUUCGGCUUGGAGCCAACAUUCGAUUCGGUGUCGAGGUCGAGCAUGUCCUGACCGACGGACCGGAAGCCAUCCUCGCCGGAGGUGAAAGAGUGUCUGGGAAUAUCGUGGUUGGAGCAGAUGGCAUCGGCUCUCUUGUUAGACACAGCGUUCUUAACGACACUGUCUCUUUGGUAGAGACGGGUGAUCUGGCCUACCGGGCAACAUUCCAGAAAGAGCAGCUAGAAGCCCUCGGUGACGAUAAGGUCAAUGACUUAUGUCAAAGAGUUGGCGUGACGAGCUGGCUAGGGCCGGACAAGCACACUAUAUUCUACCCUGUCCGUGGCGGCAAAGAGUUCAAUCUCGUUCUUCUCCGACCCGAUAACUUGACCCAGGGUUCGCGUCGGGAGAAGGGCGAUAUCCAGGAAAUGCGGGAGAGCUACGCAGGCUGGGAUGAAACACUCCAGAAGAUCAUAUCAUGCGUGCCCUCCAUCGACAAGUGGAAGUUAACACAUCUACCUGAACUGCCGUCAUGGACGAAGAACACUGUCACUCUCCUCGGAGACGCUUGUCAUCCAACUCUCCCAUACCAAGCCCAAGGAGCCGCAAUGGCAGUCGAAGAUGGGGCAAUUAUCGGCAAGCUUCUUGGUCUUUUGCAGGCCCGAUACCGCAAGCUUGAGAGAGAUCCAUCCUUGUCGGACAAUGAGCCGACCCCGGAAACUCUCAUAUCUUUGCUAAAACUCUAUGAGCAGAUUCGCAAGGCGCCCACGACGCGAAGUGUUCAAGCGGCGAUCAUGAAUCGAAAGCUUUUUCAUCUGCAAGACGGACUUCUCAGAUCGAUUCGAGAUUUUCUUUUACGAUACGCGGGCGUUACUCGAAAGAGCGACUGGACUUGGCUUUCUUCCUCUCGACAGAGACGAUCUCUCGGAUUAGAUGUGUUGAAAGACUGCUCAAUAGCGUUCGAGGCAUGGGAAGCUUCUUUCUUUUGA